AUUUGCUACUGGAGCGCUGACCUAUGAAGAUCCAUAUUAUGAGGCUUAGCAGUGGAAGUCUAGGCCACCACUGUUCACAACUUUUAGGAAACUUCAAAUGCCAGAGGAUACCUUACCACAUGAUGUUUUGUGGACCACUUCGACAGAAAGGGCUCUGAUGCGCUGUAUCGCUGCUCACCUCAUUACAUAUAUACCUCAGCAGCAACAGUUCUUCCAAAUUGCUGACUGUCCCAAGGUACCAAGGAAUAGGAAUCAUCAGAGAAUGCUACGACUGGUGAACGAAUGAGAAUUUUGAAGGAUGAAGCUGUGGCAGUGAUACCAAAUACAUUGCGCUGGUUUUAAUUUUGAUGGAUGUGAGGACAUAACUGGAAGAACUAGAAAAGGAUAUGGAGCAUUUGUUAGAGUCCAUUCGCUGCACACUGGUGAACUGUAACUGUGAGUGCUUUCAAGCCGGGAAGAUUAACAUUCGUCAGUGUGACCACUGUAAACAUGGAUGGGUGGUACAUGCCCUAGACAAACUGCAAGUGAAUCAUCUUUAUCAACAGAGUCAGGUGGAGAUUGUCCAGUCUAACGUUGUGUUUGACAUUAGUAGCCUAAUGCUGUAUGGUACCCAGGCUAUUCCCAUCCGCCUCAAAAUCCUGCUUGAUCGUCUGUUUAGUGUUCUCAAGCAAGAGGAAGUACUCCAGAUCUUACAUUCUCUGGGAUGGACCCUUCAGGACUACAUUCGUGGCUACAUUCUGCAGGAUGCCUCAGGAAAGGUGCUUGAUCGAUGGAGCAUAAUGACCUAUGAGGAAGAAAUGGUCUCCCUCAACCAAUUCCUUCGUUUCGGGGAGACCAAAUCCAUCGUCGAACUCAUGGCAAUUCAGGAAAAGGAGGGACAUGCGGUGGUAGUCCCACCGACCAAAAAUAACUCCGACAUCCGAGCCUUUAUAGAGAGCAGCAACCAAACCCGAAACCCUGCGCUAGCCGCCCAGCCUGAGAAACUGAACGCCAGCAGCGCCCAUCACUUUGAGAACAUUGUGAACAAUCUGGCGUUUAUGUUACCAUUCCAGUUCUUUAACCCGAUACCGAUGCCUCUGCUCGGGGCAUCGCCCAAAAGUUUCCUCCUUGAUCAGCCUCAAGACAGACCACGAGAAACCAAGCGGGAAAUUCCAAUUCCUGUCAAUAAAGGCUUUCUCGUGAAUGCCCACGCGGAUUUUUUUCCCAGUCCUGAGGAGACCAGCCAGAAUUCCCAAGACGGUGUUCACCCUGAUACCAAGAAUAACUCUGCCAGUGAGUACAGUGGCGUGAUAUCCCCUGCAUUGAGUGUAACACCCAAACAUGACAUUGAGCAGCUGUAUGUGCCUUCUCACAUCAGAGGGAAAUGUGUGGAGAAAGCUGGUUCCCUAACAAACAAGGGCCGUGUUUACUGCAGUGCGUGCGAGAAGACUUUUUAUGAUAAAGGCACAUUGAAGAUUCAUUACAACGCUGUUCACCUGAAAAUUAAGCACAAGUGCACGGUGGAAGGCUGCAAUAUGGUCUUUAGUUCCCUUCGCAGCCGCAAUCGCCACAGCUCAAACCCCAACCCCAGGCUUCACAUGCCCACCAUGAAAAACAACCGCGACAAAGAUCUCCGGAACUGCUCCUUAACGACAGUGAUCCAAGUCAAUAACAGGAAGCUCGAUAUCACUCACUGCCCUGGCACUGACGCCCGCUCGCUCCCAGCCUUUGAUAAUCCCCGUGCAGAGCCGGCAAACACCAUUCAGACUGGCACUUGCAAUUCCGGGCACAGCACCAUGUUCCAAAACCUGAAGACCGUGCAGCCAGUUCUCCCAUUCUAUCGCAGCCUGGUACCACCGUCUGAGCUCGCCAUCCCUCAAGACGCCCUCCCGCAUGUGCCAGUCCCGGCUCCCUCAAUCCCAGAGCAGCCCCCUGUGCCAAAAAAGAAAUCCCGGAAAUCGAGCAUGCCUGUUAAAAUCGAGAAAGAAAGUAUGGAAGGCUUGGAGGAGCAUGAAGGUGGACCUCUUGACAGUAGUGGGGCAGCUGCACAGCAUAGAAAUGACAGUCGGUUUCAGCAUGUCAAAGACAGUUUAGAAAGAACGGAAAGCAGGCUGAGUUACCUGUCUGAUCCUGAGGAGCAGAGCCCCAAAGGUCAGCACCGAGAGUUGGUCGCUGCCAGCGAUAAAGCAGAUACUGUGGAGAAAUCAGCCAACAGCCCAUUACACUUGGAAAAUGGAGAUGCUUAUGUGCAGGCAAAAACUGUAAUCAUUUCGUCCCCUGGUGAGGAACAAAGGGAGCUUGAACCAGACAGUGGCGAGGGCCUGGUAUUUAAAUCAGAAGGUUGGUUGCAACCCACGAACAAUUGUAAAGAAGUGCAGCACGGGUUGCCGAAUGGAGGCUUUAGCAGUGCAUUACUGCAUCGGAGGCCUGGCUCACCUUGCUCUGAGAGCCCAGCGGUGAAUGGCUGCACAUAUCUGCAGCCGGUUGCAGAUAAGGGGGAUAAUCAGGGUACUUCUAAUCCUAACUAUUGCUAUGUCUGCAAGAAGGUGUUUAAAAGUUCUUACAGUGUUAAGUUGCAUUACAAAAAUGUGCAUCUAAAGGAGAUGCACCUGUGCACAGUUGGAGGUUGCAACGCAGCUUUCCCAUCAAGGCGCAGUAGGGACAGGCACAGUGCAAACAUCAAUCUUCAUCACAAACUUCUGACCAAAGGUUCAUGUGAGAGCCAAAACAUCAACAACAGCACCCUUCUAACAAAGGAACCUUGCAAAGACAUUCUGGGAAGAACUCACAUGGGACAGGCUCCAGUAAUACUGAAAGCAAAGAGCAAAAAUGAACAUUCUGUGGUCUCUCUCAGCAACGCUCAGGAGCAGAUCAGCGAUGCUCAAGGAGGAGAUGCUCUUUAUGAUGGGGCUGUGUUGGAUCUUAGCACUACAUCCAGUGUCAAGUCAGGAAGUAGUAUCCAUUCGUGGGAUUCGGAUGCUGGGAGUGAUGAAGGGGUUCCUGUGAAUGAUGAGGACAUCUUUGAGCAUUCCGAUUUAAUGGCGAAGGAUAAAUUAUACCAGCUAGCUACUGUGGUCGAGAAACCUAUUGAUCACUUGAUGCAAACCCUUUCUGCUAAUUCACCAAUUAUGUGCAACAUUUGCCAGAAGAUGUACAGUAAUAAAGGGACAUUUAGGGCUCAUUACAAAACUGUGCACCUUCGUCAGUUGCACAAGUGCAAGGUGCCCGGUUGCAGCACCAUGUUCUCAUCUGUACGCAGCCGAAACCGGCACAGUCAGAACCCAAACUUGCACAAAGACACAUUCUGCAGCUCCAAAGAAUGCCACUAAACAUCUCACACAUCUCUUCAGAUGACGAAUUUCGAAUUUCUUACCGAUUUGUCAAUCCGUUGUACCAACAGAUGGAGGAUUUUAGACCCUCUCCAGAAACUGCCAAGACUUUUUCUAACACAUGGUGAUAUCGACACAUUUUGCUACCUUUUGCAGUCCUUAAAACUAAAGGAAUGCAGCCAAAUAUUUCCAACAUUCCUGUUUUAUAGAUGAUGAAGAUAGGAAUCAAGUGGACCUCAUAGUACCCGAAAACUUCAUUUUUACAAUUUUUUUUGUAGCAUGAAAGGCUCUUUGUUGCAAUUCUUUGAUUACCUGGAUCAAAAGGCACUUUUGAUACUUGCUUUUGGCUCUCAUUCUGUUUGAUUAAAGAUGCCUUUUCAUGUGCACUUAUGCCACCUUUUUUCACAUUCCAGCUUCCCGACUAAAAAAACCAUCUUUACUUAUGGAUUGGCAAGUGACGCAGAAAAACAUGACCAAAUGCAACCCCUGUAUUUUACUUCUUUCUUACCUUGAGUCUUCAGUAACUCUGUUUCAAAGUUACACAGUGUUAAUCGUCAAUUCUGUUGCUAAAAAUGUAACUCCCGGAAAAAAAUCAUUUAAUUCAACUCCUUUUAUUGAACAAUGUUUCCUCAGUCUGAGUUGGUUGCAUUUAUGAAAAGUGAAAGUUUCACAAGAACUGAAUUGGAACUUGUUUCCCCAGGCUGUGGUAAGGCUUUCUGAGGUAGACUGAAGUUAAGAAUGUAUUGUGUUUGGGGUAUGGCUUUUAAUUUAUUCCAUACAUUGUAACUGUUUAACCUUUCCGCUUUUAUGACGGGUUUGGAAUUAGGGUGUCCGACUGCUCACACGACACUUAAAAAAAAAUCACAGCUUGCCAAAGAUGUAUCCAAUGUGCUAAUCUGUAAAUAAAUACAUUGACAAAUAAUAGUAUUGGCGACGAAUUCUGUUUAAGAAA